CCAUUUCACCAGAUUUCUUCUUCUGCCGUUAGAAGUGGUUUGGGUCCUGCUGAAAGCCACUGUGUCAAUCUAUCAGGCAUCUGCAGAAGAACCACCUGCAAACUAACAGAAGAUGAAAUUGGUGGCUGCCGGAGAAGGUGGAAAUGCUGUAGACCAUGGUGGAUUCUUAUACCUAUUCCAACACCUGUUAUCUUUUCAGACUAUCAAGAACCUGUUAAGCCUAGGAUAAAAUGAAACCAUCAAAACCAUCAAAAGGAAAGUUCCAUGUCUCUAAGAACAAUAAACAUGCAGGUGAAACAUUUCCAGCUCUUUUGCCAGCUUUCAU